AUGCAAAAGAAGUAAUUGAUAGAAGAUUUUGAUGAAGCUAAGUAUUUUGAUAAUGAUGAUAAGAUAUUAACAAAUGAGUAAGUAAGAUAAAGAGAGAUGGAACAAUUAAAAAAAGAUGAAUAAUAAGAUGAUGAACUAGUUCCAUUAGAUACUUAUAUGCAAGAUAUCUAAAAAUAAUAUUAAUAAGAUCUGGCUUAACCAUAAAAGUGA